AUGAGAACCGCUGCGCUCCAAACUCGGUGGGCGGGAAGAGGCCCGGCUUGUGGUCAAGCUGAGAACCAGAAUAUGUCCGAAAGCCAGAGAGUGAGUGAGAGGUUCCUUCCCUCCGGUCUCAUCCCCGCAUCGCUCCCCGGUUGCGGUUUGAAGGAAGAAGCAACGGCGAAACCAGUUUGUAUUCCCUACUUUCGCCUCUUCUUACAUCAUUCCAUACUGCGCUGCACAUCAUCAUCUCCUCUUUCAGUCAAUCUAGUUUUCACUCAGCCCAUACGAAUUGACCAUCUCACACAGCACUUUACUGACAAACGUGGGACAACAUACCCAGGAAAGAAUAGAAGGUCAAAAAUAUGUCAACUACUUUCCGAAUUAACUUACCCACGUUUUACUGGUACCUUUGUAGAUGAUGGGAUGAAGUACAUCGGGAAGCAAUUGCCCGUCCCAACUACCAUGCCUAGUCAUCGAAGCGAUAGAGGCGGAAGAAUUGGAUCACCCAACAUCAACAAUCCCAAGGCCAUAUCGUAA